AUGAUGAAUGAAAGAAGACGUAAACUUCAAACUGUCCAAGUGGAUCAUUACGAUGGUCAAGCUAUUUACAGUGGAAAUGAUCUCAUCUAUGAACUUGGAGGAUACCUUGGAGGUGGUGCUGCUGGCGUAGUUUAUGAAGCAUUUUCAACCCGUACGAAGCAACAUGUUGCGAUCAAAAUUCUUAAUCCUGUCGGCUACAAACUCUUUCCUACCUCGUUAGUAACACGAUGUAUCGUUGCUAUUAAAGGUAAACCACGUAUAUCAGUACCAGAUGAUACGAUACGACGAGAGUAUGAUGAUCCACGAUACUCUCGACAUGUAAAUGCUGGUUUAAGUUAUCGAGUACGAUCCCCUUCUGGAUCUUUACGACUAAAAUUUGAGAAAAUCUGUCCUGAAAAUGUUUGGUGGUUGAUUCAUCCAACGUCUAAGCAGGCAAUUCCUGCGUUGGAAGACCCAUAUACUGGCCAAGUUCGCGAAUUGACAUUACCACAAUGUAUUGAAGUAUGGGGGGAGCAAUUAAACGACGUGGAAAGUAUUUUAGGUCGACAAGAGUUGGACAGUGCUGAAUUUUAUCAGGAAGUUUACGUGAAGAAUCAAAAGAUCAAAGUGCCACGAAUUCCUAAGAAAUUUAUCAAAUUUGCAACGACUCGACGAAUAAUUCAUCGCGAAAUUUCAAACAUGUCGGGACUUGAGUAUCAUAAAAAUGUGCUGCGGUUGGACGAAGCUUUGGAAUUGGUUCAAGAUAGCAAAUGUACCACGUUUCUAGUUCUUGAGCUAGCAGGAGGUGGUGAGCUUUUUGAUCGGAUUAAAUUAGAUUGUGGUACCAAUGAAGACACAGCGCGUGUGUACUUUAAUCAGCUCAUUUCGGGUGUAGCCUUUUGUCAUAAUUCGGGCGUUUGUCAUCGUGAUCUUAAGCCUGAGAAUUUGCUUCUUGCUGAUACAGAAGAACAUUCGACACUGAAGAUUGCUGACUUUGGAUUAUCAGCUAUUUUUGCUUUUACUGAGAACGAUCCAAGUGGUGAAGUGAAUGGAAAUGAUGCUGAUCAACCAGCGAUUCGAAGAUUACGUUCUGUUGUGGGUUCUCCUCACUAUGUUGCUCCUGAAGUUCUUAUGGAUGCUGGUCAAGGAUAUGAUGGUGCAAAAGCUGAUGCGUGGUCAAUUGGUAUUAUCUUGUACGCAAUGAUUGCAGGAAAUUUACCCUUUGGAAAAAAUUUACUUAAGUGCGUACGCUACGAUCGGUUUCGAAAGUGGUCGUACAACACUAAAUACAGUGAUGACGAUCCUACUUAUGAAGUAGAAUUUCCAACGUGGUUCUUCCCUGCGCAUUUCUCAACGGAAUUAAAGUCUUUGAUAGCUCAAUUAUUGUAUCCAGAUGCUUGUUUGCGUCUUUCAGUUGAUGAAGCACAGCAUCAUGUAUGGGUUCGAGGAGGGAAAUUACAAAAACCCGGGUUGUCUAUGAUAGAAGACAAUGAAGAACUAAGCAAUGGUACAGCGCUUAGUACAUCAACACCUCAUUUACCCCACUCAAAUCGGAUCAAUGUCUCAAUUUCUACUCUUCAUGACGGUAUUGAUCUUGGACAACACAUGCAUCCUAGCCAAUUGGGUUCUGUUUCUCCUGAAGCGAUCACACGACUACUUGCAAAAGCUCCUAGUCCUCAUGGACACGCAUGUCGAUGUCCACCGUCGCCUCAGCCAAAUCUUCGUGUGAAUAAGCAUUUGACAGGUGUCAUUGGCUAUAUGCCUUCAGUGGAUGAAACAUCGUCUAUGGUGGAUCAAACACCAAUUAAUUCGCCUCGUGAAGCAAAGAACAAUGACAUGUUUGAGUUGACUAUCGAAACAGAGACAACCUUGUCGAAUAAAUUGCUCAAUGAAUGCAAUGUCGCUGAAAACAAGAGGAACGAUGCACUUUAUCAAGAAGCGACAAUCGCGCUUUCAUGCGGCAUCUCUGGAAAUCGAAGUGCUGAAACAAGUAGAGCAAAACGUAAUGAGAUGGUAUCACCAAUCGGUACUGCUUCAAAACAACUUCGAUUUGUGUCACCUCCGCUUGUAAGUGGUUCUCGAGAUAGUAUCCCCAUUCAUUACCGUCGCAACUCACCUCCGGAGUUAUACUUACGUGGAUUUGCUCGUGGGCACUUGCAAGAUCUGACAAAUAAAGAGAUUGGCGGCAACAAUGGCAUUUAUGAUGGUAUUAACAUUCUUGGACGAUCACCACCACUAUUUCCUCAAUCGAUUUUGACUAGUGGUAUUUCUUCUAAAGUGCCAGAGUGCACAGUGGAAAGUGGUUCUGUGGGCCAGAGUAAAUGCGUUGAAGAAGAUCAACCGAGCUCAAUUACUCCUCCAUCAUACAGUGAUGUUGUAGCACGCUCCACACGCUUUCUCACAGCGCUUCCAGCUCGAUUAGCGCUUUCAAAAAUUGAAAAUGCUCUUAAAAGCACACCAUGUCCACUUCCAUAUGAGUACUCAAAAGUACCACAAAUGGUGUCAAUUGACUGGGAGACGUAUCAGCUUGAGAUAAGAUACGCGGGACUUCUCACGUGUACAGUACAAGUCUUUUUGUUUCAGCGAGGUGUGUAUCUUGUCGAAUUUCGACGUGGUCAUGUGGAUAUCUUCCAAUUUAAACGCUUUUACGAAAACAUUCAUGCCCAAAUCUUGGAAGGUCUGGAUCGAAAUUCCGAGCGACCUUUGCCAGGAUUUCGCAAACGCAAUAAAUCGAUUUCGGACUCGUGUUGA